UCCACUUGUGACUUUCCGUGUAGCUCCCUUCCCCCCAAGACUCUCGUAACCUCUCUGUGCACCGGGCGGCAGGGCUGUAAAUGACACUGGGGCUAUUAAUUAAUUAAUGGCCUUUAGCCGAGUGGCUGGCUUUCUGGCUGGGGCUCUGCGGCGGAGAGCGCAGUAUCUCUGUUUGGAAGCAUUAGGACUGCAAGAGACCAGAGCAGCAUUCAUGUAGGGGAGGUGGUGACCGUUUCGCACUGAACGUCUAUCAAUCACCUGCAAUAUUGUGGUCCUGCGCAGUUUUCCGGGCAGAAAGAAGCAGCAGGGGGAGGGAUGAGACGUGGGAGAAGAAGAGGGAAAAUGGCGAUGGAGGGGCCUAGGCAUCACCCGCCAACCCUCGUCCCAUUGCUGAUGAGCGCAACGGCUGUGUUGAUCUCACACCACAUCUUCAACGCCGCUGCCCAGAUACCAGACCCCGAGCUUUUGCCAACAGACCCUCCAAAAAAGCCAGAUCCAGUCACUUCAGAAACAGUGGUGUUUUGGGGUCUUCGAUUAUGGCAGGUUGUAGGUAUUUUCUCCAUGUUCAUCCUAGCAAUUGUAAUAACACUGUGCUGCAUCUUCAAAUGCCGAAUUCCACGAACAAAAAAAGAGAUAGAGGCUCGGCAUGCACAAAGACUAGCCGCAAAAACCUAUGCCAACACACUGGAGACAGUGCCCCCCCUAAAUGAGCUCACAGAGGUGCCGGGAGCGGCUAAGCCUGAGGAAAAGGAGGAGGUGCCAACUGUAGCAGGAAAGGUUGACGCAGAAAAGGGAAAGAAGAAAGAAAAAGAAGGCAAAAAGGAAGGCAAGGGUGCAAAAGAAGGAAAAGAAGGGAAGGGAGAGGAGAAGGAUGAAACCACAAAGAAGAAAGGGGAAAAGGGAGAAAAAGGAGAGAAAGGAGCAUCCAAAAAAGAGGCGUUGGAUGGAGGAAAAGGUAAAAAGGGACGUGGAGAGAAAGGAGAAGAAAAAGGAGGUGGAGCCAAGGGCAGUGCAAAAAAAUGAACAUUUAGUGACCGUAAUGGUGUGUGCUAAACUUUCACUAGCCCUUUUUUAAUAUUUUUUUGUAAGAAAAUGUAUAAAUGUACAUUAACAGCACAUUUAGUGUAAAUUGUAAACAUCGACAAUAAAUGAUUUUCAGUUAAUUAAACAUUUUCAUUUAUUUUGCACGAUACACAUCAGCACUAAAUAAUACAACACUGGUGUACACAGAAAAGAUAGCUUGCAUUUAUGUAAAAUAACA